AUGGACGACGAUAUGACAUUAGGCGCAUACAUAGAUGGAAUACCAUUACCAGACAAGGUGUCGCAUUCUGGGUUCUGUGAGAGUGCCGCUGCAGUGUAUCCCUGCACACAGCAGCUGAUAGCACGGUUGGGUGCACUCCUUGGACCCGGUAAGGCCGGAAUGUUGAAGCUGAGCUUGAAAAUGGACGGAGAUGACGUAGUAUCCACCGUCAACUGUGUCUACGAAGUCCUUAAGCAGCUCCAAAGGGUACAGGAGGAUAACUCUGUCCUGGCCGAUGAAAUAUCUAGGCUCCAGAGUAACAAUAGAGCGAAGGACACGCGGCUAGAGCGUACCAACGACGCCCACGAUAAGCAACUCCGUGAGUUAACCUUUUCUCUUCAAGGCGCGAAGGCCUUAGAAAACGAGCUUCGAGGGACCAUUACAAAUCUCAAGCAGGAGCUCCGCUCUCUUACAGCCUCAUACGACGACCUCACCAGGCGUUACAAGCAGCUCGAGCAUGCCAAGCGAAAGGUAAUUUACGAAAACAAGGCGCUGACUGACAGACUUAGAUCUUACCUCGGUAUGGGCGGAGGAGUUGGGGGACUGAGACUUGAUAAUCCUGAUAAUUCCGACCUAUUCAAUUUACUGUGUCCAGAUAACCCCAAACAAUCCCAACAACAAGCACAGGGCAAGCAAUCUGUAGACGAGCAAUCAACCAUCACAAUCCAGAAUUAUAGGAAUGCAAUUCGCCAGCUGGAUUCGGAACUCAGAAGCUUGCACUUUGAGGUGCUGGAAGAUCGAGGUAUCUAUGACAAAGCGCCCCUUCAGUUUGACAAGCCGGAGCUCUGUGCUAAGACUGCGAAGAGCUUGGCUAGUGACAUACGGAAGGCUUUACGGGAUAGCAGCAAGACCCAAAGGACCAACGCCUACGAGCAGGACUCCUCCGAUCAGCUUGUUACUUCUCUCAGGGCAGUGAUCCAGGAGCAAAAGACAGUGAUAGAGCAACUUACCAAGGCUGCUCAGCGAGCUUUGACAGACGUUUCGUCUCAUGCUCAGCUGCAGGAGGAGUUGGCUGCCGAAAAAUUAGUGCUUGAGGUGCAGAAAAGGAACUUAAAGACUCAAGAGCAAGACGCAGAGCGCCUGAAGGCCAUGAUGCAGAACAUCGUAUUCGAUUUAACCGAAUAA